AUGAAUGGAAACAAGCCUAAUUGGUGUUUCAUUGACGGGAAAGUACCAAUCUUUAUCGAUAAAUCCGAGGAUGCAAAGUUUCCAAUUUUAACAAACGGUCGAAGGUACAAGAAAGAUUCAAGAGAAUGGCUGCAUAAAACAAGCAAUAAUCGGGGCAAAAACAGGAAGCGGACCGUCGAUAGUAAAUCAGACGCCUUGGAGGACCACAAAUUAGAAGUAAAUGUCGAAAGCCUAUCCGACACCAUGGAAAUAGCAAAAAAUACCGGUGGGUCGUCAUCAACACUUAACUUCUCGGGAAGAAAUAUAGAUAUGGGAAAGCAAAAAGAGCAUGAUAUUCGUCUGUCACCUUUCCAGUGUUUUGGAAGAGAUGAGGACAGGGAAUUGGCUGUAAACCAGAUCGCUAUACGCAGCUGUAUAGCCAGAGGCGAAUCUUCGAGGCGUCUUCGCAAGAGAAGGUUGACUUGGUUGAAAGCAGAGAAAAAUGACAGUUAUUGCAUAGAGGUAAAUGGAGAAAACAACUUCCAGCCGGAUCACGAUCGUUUCCGACCGAUACCAGAAGUAGCAGAAUUAGAAGCAAUCGAGUUCCUGGACCCUGUAGCGGGAAAAUCACACGAAGAUGUUAAUGGCCAUUCUUUAGAGAUUUCCGCAAGUUUCUGGUUCGAUACGGAUGACAGCACCGAUGGUACUUGGUGGCGCGAGACAAAACCUUCGUCAUCCGAUUCUUCCCUGGAAGACUUUUGUCCCGGCCUCGACGAGAGCGCUUGUCCAAUUGAUCCCACCCUGAUAAGGUCCCCUGUCCCAAGGAAACGAGGCGCAGACAGUGAAAGUGAUCGUAACCCCAGGAGAAUCGAGGAUGCCACUGAGCAAAGAGGAUACGGCGGUGUGAUAAACACUGUUGGUGACCAUCUCGUCUGGAACUCCUAUUCGGAGAAAUUGACACUGUUGUCAGAGGAGAUUGACCACGAACGACAGGAAAAAACUGGUUCCCCAACAGAGGAGUUCGGCAGCCGUUCCUUAACAAGUCCCAAGGACGACCCACGGGUGGAACCAAGUUAA